AAACGUCAAAGUUUUGAUUAGUUAUGGGGGCGAGGUGUGACGUCUUUUGUCUGGGAAGAUAGACAGGAGCUUCCUACUUAUUCAUAUUUGCGUUUCGCAAUAGUAACAAUAAUGAUUUGAGAUUAUUUCUCCAACUAGGGUGAAUAAGGUUAAAAGCUUAGUGUGCCAACAGAAUCGUGGUGAUCUUCAGAACGUUCGAUCUCAAGGCGUAUUUAUCUGAUAUUUUCCAAACUAUUGCAACCGAAAAAUGGCUACAAAGCGCAAACCUAUUCACACGCAAACGGGCAGCACACCGCGACCAAACAUGAACUUCCGGACUAGCGUUAACGAUACAACAGCUCGUGCUGAAGCGAAAGGAACACGGCCAACUGCAACACCAACAUCUAUUAAAGAAGUUCUUACCAUGAUGGUGCUGCACGUAUGCAAAAAGAUUAUAUUUUUCGACACGAAUCUCAAAGUGCCACUGUAUUUGGGUAGCUUAUUUUUCAUUUCUCUAAUUGGGGAUUUUAUACCUUACCCUAAAACCUAUUUGGCAAGAUCGGAUAAUCUCUUCAACGUAUACUUCGUGAAGAUGGGCUGGGCCUGGACGUUGUUAUUCUCAUUGCCUUUUUUGGCAAUGACCUCAGUAACAGUUUGUUGUGGUGAUCAUCAAAAGCUGGUUAAAAAUCAUCUUCCCAGACUAGGCAUUGCUACAUGCUUCUGGUUUGUAUGGACAAAACUUUUCAACGUUAUUGAAUCGACAUAUGGUCGUUGUAACGGCAGAGGAUUUGACUCAAAAUCUAGCUGUUUGAAGGCUGGCUACCUUUGGAGCGGUUUCGAUAUUUCCGGUCAUGCAUUCAUAUUAAUUUACUCUAGCCUGAUUCUAAUGGAGGAAGCUCGGUCCAUUAUUGGAUGGGAAAGUAUCAAAGAGCACCUUCGUAAUGAGGAACACAAUCGAACUAAAAAUGACACAACGCAGGCAACGAAUCCCCUUAAAAGCUUAAAAGAUGAUGACCUAAAAGCGUUAAAAUACUUUUACACACGGUUCACACCUACCAUAAGAUUACUUUUUGUAGGAAUGACCAUGCUUCAAUUACUUUGGGAUAUAAUGUUAGUUGGAACGAUGCUUUAUUAUCACCGAAUGGUUGAAAAAGUCGUGAGUGGUAUCAUCGCUGUUCUCACGUGGUUUAUAACUUACCGUGCUUGGUAUCCUGCAUCGACAUUAUUACCUGAUCCAGUAGGCAAAGGACUUUUCAAUUACCAGGUUACGUCACGAUCAGCCGAAAUCGGUUUACGUAGGCGAGCCAGUCUAUUGCAAUCGAGUUCACCUCAAACUCAAGACGUACCAAAAUUCAUGGGUAUGCCUCUGUAUGCUGCAAGACAACAGCCUGGUUCCAGUGCCAAUACUACUGAAGGAUUUGUGUCAUCGAUGGAUGCGGGCACAACAGCUUCGUCAUCAACGUUUAAAAAUGCUGAUAAAAAACCAAAAAUGAUUCAGAACGUUCGCCAUCAAUUGAGCUGAGCAAAGUUUUUUCCCCUAAGAAACCUCCAAAAACAUGUGAAAUUUUUAAACAUGCAUAUCCAAAAGCCAUCCGAAUCAUAAAUGUUUGCAUCUAAGGCCCAAAACUGACCUACUCGCACACGAUUCCUUUUGUUUGAUUACCUUACUUAUGCUUAAAUUUGAGUGAAACUAGAAACUUGACUUAGUUCUUAUUAUGUCCAACAUGAGAACAGACUUGUGUUACACCUAUGAUACAUUUCCGCUUUUUAGAAGAGAUCGCAUGGUGCAAUCCAGGCCUUUACCAUCCAGGGACUUAUAUUGCCCAGGUGUUUUCUGUAUUCCGCACAGGGCCGGAUUUACGAUUGUGGGGGCCCCAAAAUAAAACAAAAUUGUUUUUUAUCGUACGUUUUAUCGUAAACCCGUGUGUUCCACAAACGGGUUUUCACGACAGAUUUCGCAAGCGAAAAUUUACGCUUUUUCACUUGUCAAAUUUUUCACUUCGCUUGGAACUGUAAACUAUGCUUUAAGCCCUAUUUAGAGUUCCAAGCGAAGUGAAAAUCUCAUACAACAUGUUAAUUUUUUCACGCUCGUGAAAAAUGCAACCUGCAAAAAUCUCAUUCGCUUGGAACUGUAAACAAAUUCGAUCCAGCAAAAUCCAUGGUUGUGGAUCUUAUCUUUUUCACUUGGGUUUAUUUCUUUCACGCAUGCAAGCGUUAGUGAAAAAAGGAGCAGCAAGCAAAAACUUGCGUGCGUUUCUAUUCUGUCAGUUGCAGCCAAUUUUCACUUCGCUCGGAUUGUAAACUCGUGAGUUUCGUUUCACCUAAACUGUAAACUGCAGGGUGGUGAAAUGCCGGCGUGUUCCACAAACGGGUUUUCACGACAGAUUUCGCAAGCGAAAAUUUACGCUUUUUCACUUGUCAAAUUUUUCACUUCGCUUGGAACUGUAAACUAUGCUUUACGAGUUUUUUAGCAGAAAACUUAUUAAUUAAAUAAUCAACAUUCAACUUCUUCAGUAUACUAGUACUCGAAACUUAAUAAUGCUAAGUUUGACUGCCUUUCAUUCUUCACAGUCGCACGCAACCUAUUUUUAAUAAGUUUCAUCUUCACAUUUUUUUCUUGAUACCUGAAAAAAAACUACCGCAAUUUGAAAAAAAUGCGAUCCACAGGCAAAAAUUUGCACACAAUUUGAGAAAGACUGCACAAAUAUAAGACGACUCUGACAAUAAUAGAAACUAGGAAAAAACUACACAUAUCUGCAGGACAAUUUAAUCUGCACACGAGCUCAGAAAAUCUGCAUUUUGCAAAGCACAUCUGGUAUCCCUGAUUCGGACAAGUUAGCAAAAGCAAUGCAUUAAAAAACUUGUGGGUUAUUUUCUUUCUCUGCUUUACCUCCCAUGCGCGCUAAAGCCCUGGAGUUAAAGUUUGGCCGACUGUCACUGAAAAGUUCCAAUCAAACAGUCAACAGUUUUUUCAUCAUAGUUUUAACAUUGCUGAUGUUCGAUUGGAACGAGUUGUGACAGUUCGAUUGGCGCUUUUAGUGACAGUCGGCCAAACUUUAACUCUAGGCGUUUAAUGCGCGCUGGUUCGAUUCAAAUGGUGUGUUAAUGUGUGUCAUUUCAAGAGAAUCCAAGGUGAACUCUUAUGGAUGUAGUUGCGAUAUUGGCGCUCGCAAAAAAAUAACACUGAAGGAAAGUGUCAGAUUGAAAUGGUCUGUUCAAAUUUUCUUACUGUAAAUCGAACUUUUGAUUAAAUCUCUUUUUUAAAGAGAAAAAAUCAUUUUGUGAUUUGUGGGGGCCCUAAAAAGGUGGGGGCCCGGGCCCCCUGGGCCCCUCAUAAAUCCGGCUCUAAUUCCGCACUUCAUAUAAUUGGUAAUAUCACUAUUGGGAGUAUUCCUUACUUGAAAAGUAGGUUUAAAUCCCUACGAAUGAUAAGUCCUAAUUGCGAAAGCAAACAAAUCUUAACAAUUAAAAUUACGAAUUUCUAACAGUGUUGAGAAAUCACCAUUUGUUAUUGGACACACAUACUCACUAUUUAAUAAUAUUUAUCAUAAAUACUUAAGCUACAAACAAAUCCCCCCAUUUAAAAAAACUAUUGGGAGUAGGUAGCAUGCUUUCCGUUUAUGUAUGUGCAUGUGUGUGUGUGUGUUUCUACCCUUCCAUUUCAAGGAUGCUGUACUACUAUACCGAGCCACCUUCCACCUGCCAAUAUCGCCAAUUACAUUUCCCUGAAGAAACCUCAAAAACAUGUCCGUGGCCAGUUUGACUAUAAACUGAAAAAUGAACAGAUAAUUUUUUUAACCGAUAGGUACACGAAUCCUUUUUAAACGGCUCUUUAGCGCAAAAACUGACCUUCAGCAUAAAAGGCUAAUUUGGAACCGCUACUGUUCGGAUUCAUAUCUGAUCGAAUACUUUUUCCACUGAGAUUUAAUAAUUGCGUUCAUCUACGUUGCACUUUUAUGUGCCGAAUGCUGGAAAGUAUCAGGGAAAUUGUUGUUAUAUUUCAGGGAAAUCAGGGAAUUUGAUUUUAAAAGUUUUUUCGCCACCCUGGGAGGGUUCAGCUGGUCUGUACGCUAUCGCCAGAUGCCUAACCAUUUUCUUUACAGAAUCAUUUGAACAAAAAGAAGCGCUAAUAAAAUAAUAAUUGAAUAAUUGGUAUAUUGAGAAAUGAGAACCAUUGUCAGGCUUUCACAUAUUGCGAACGGUUUUGGAAGAGUCGUCACCGUGGGGGUUGUGCUUCGGGUUUUGGAUACAACUAAUUAUAGGUAAAAGCUUAUAUUACUAGCGUCAGGAAACAGAUAAGCCUCAUUUGUAAAAAGUCAUUCAAACGCCUAUUUCUAUUCACAAUCCACCUUAUUGAGCUAGAAGUUUUCCUGAAGAAGUUUCAAUAAAAUAAUUCUUAAAAUUGACUCAUUCUUAUUCUUGUUUGCUACGGCUACAUCCUAAGCUACAUCUGUGAUUCUUAGGAAAAAAUCACUUUGAACAAAUUUGGAAAUGGCAUUAACUAAUUUAAACGGUAAUAUGACUUUUCGAUAUAUUUUUACGAACGUGAUUAGCCCCUUUUUUCUGAUAUACGUUCGCUCUCAUACAGGGCCGCAUUAAGGGUUGUGGAGGCCCGGGGGCCAAGUAAUAUCACGGUGCUCCCACAGACCGUUAUUAUAAAAAAUGCACCAAAGAAUCUGAGUACAUCAUUCGAUUCGUUAUGACGUCCAGAAUCUCUGGUCAAAAUUUCAAAAUCAUCGUAUGGUACAUUUUUGAGUAAUGCCCUUUUGAAGUUCGUAAAGUACAAAAAACUGAUUUUAAGGAGGGGUGUUCCACAAAAAACUCUAUUUUGUCGUGUCCAACGUACAGAUAGGACAUCGCAAUGUUCAGCAAUUGUUUUUCUUUUAAAAUUUUAUACAACUUUGCUGAAGAAAGCAAUCUAUUAUAUUGGAAAUUAGAAAAAAUAUUAUUUUUAUCUAGCUGUUAGAUGGACUGAUCGGAAAACAAAAAACGCCAGAAGUAAGUCCUUGUUCUACGAAAAAAAAUUGCUGAAGACAUUGAGUACAUAAAAUCAAUUUUUCACAGUUAAAUCUAGAACGAUCACGAUUUUUCGAGUUAAUACCACUGUGCACUGUGGGAUUUUCAAAUAAAUCUUUUCAUCAAUUGUUAAUGGCUUGAAAUAUAACCCUUGGAAUGUGUAGAAACUAUUUUGGAAGUUAUCUCAUGAAAUGGUGGUUGAAAUACGUGCUUUACAAUAAGUAUUUCGUCGUUUCUAUAUCACGUUUCUGUACUUUACGACCUUCAAAAGGGCAUUACUCAAAAAUGUACCGUACGAUGAUUUUGAAAUUUUGACCAGAGAUUUUGGACGUCAUAACGAGUCGAAUGGUGUACUCAGAUUCUCUGGUACAUUUUUUUAUAAUAACGGUCUGUGGGAGCACCGUGAAUAUGUUAUUGUUGUUAAAGCAUCUGACACAAUGGUGGUCUUAAUGAUAAUAUAGAUUACUAACUAAAUGCUAAUUAAUAUUGACGAACGAUAAGACACACUUUAAAAACAAUUAAACCUGUCGUCUACAAAAAAUUUGUUUGAAUGUUGUUACAGAGUUGUUAAAAUGGAAUGAAUCUGCUACGACGUUGAAGCUAGCUGACCUGAAUCGAAUGGGGUCGUGUUGCCCAUCACGGUGCUCCCACAGACCGUUAUUAUAAAAAAAUGCACCAAAGAAUCUGAGUACACCAUUCGAUUCGUUAUGACGUCCAGAACCUCUGGUUAAAAUUUCAAAAUCAUCGUAUGGUACAUUUUUGAGUAAUACCCUUUCGAAGGCCGUAAAGUACAAGAAAAUGAUAUUAAAACGACGAAAUACUCAAUGUAAAGCACGUUUUUCAGCCACAAUUUCAUAAAACAACUUCCAAAAUAGUUUCUACACAUUCCAAGUAUUAUAUUUCAAGACAUUUACAAUUGGUGGAAAGAUUUAUUUGAAAAUCCCACAGUGCACAGUGGUCUAAAUUCGAAAAAUCGUGAUCGUUCUAGAUUUGACUAUGAAUAAUUGAUUUUAUGUACUCAAUGUCUUCAGCAAAAUUGCUCCAUAGAACAAGGCCUUACUUUUGGCGUUUUUGGUUUUUCGAUCAAUCCACCUAACAGAUAGAUAAAAAGAAUAUUUUUUCUAACUUUCAAUAUACCGGAUUGCUUCCUUCAGUAAAGUUGUGGAAAAUUUUAAAAGAAAAACAAUUGCUGAAUACUGCGAUGUCCUAUCUGUACGUUGAACACGACAAAAUAGAGGUAUCAUUGAAAUAACUAAUUGUAUCAUCGAGGGAAGGACCACUUUCCCAAAAUUGCCAGUCGAUUUGAGAAAUUAAAUAGGGGGCCAUCCACAUACCACGUGGACAGUUUUUUAACGAUUGGGGUGACUUUGAUCACCGGGGUGACUUUGAUCUCUGUAUCUCUUUUUUGAAAAUGUGGUAAAAAAGCGCUCGUAGUGCUUGGGACUUGUCGUAAUCUUCACUGAAUGCGUGGAUAUAUGUUCGCAUUGCUACUACUCAUGCAUUUCCUACUAUUUAAAGAGUGUUUUUCAUGCUAAAAUAUUAAUUGAAAAUAAAGUGUAUUUUUGGCGAUUCUUGUUGCAUACAAACAAUCGGUUCAAGCAGAUUCAAAACAACAAGUUGCAAUACGUAAAGUUUUUUUAUUUUGCUCCCAGAUUAGUUCUUAAGAUGAACAAAUAUUAUAACAAUACAUUUUAUUGUUAUUUUUGCAAGUUUUUCCUAAUAGGCAAUGUUGACUCCCAAUAUUCUCCACAGCGUAUUACAUAUUUCUUCUUAACAAAAACCCAAGACGUGAAGUAACAUGCAAAUUUGGCCAAUUUCAUAAGUCAUAUUCCUCGUGGACUAGUUUUUGAUGAUUUUAGACCACCUUCUCUCUCAGUGGAUAACAAUUCAUAUAUAUUCUAAAAAUUUUGUAUGAAUCUUGUACAUUCGCCAUUAUAAACUGUUCACGUAGAAUGUGAAUGGCCCCCAAAUUACUUUCCAUAUCUAUAAACUCGUUUAAGCCGUUUAAGGCUGUUCAAUUUAGUGAAAGUAGCAAAGUGUUACACCAAAUCCAUCAAAAUAAUGAAGUGAUCAAAGUCACCCCGGAAUGAUGAUUGGUGUAAAAUUUUUAGAGCAUAUUUAGAAACAGAAAAUGUUGUUAAACUUUUGAAGUAGUGACUGAAUCUUUUUCAAUGCAUGCCAGUACUUAUUUUAAAAAUAUCGAAUAAUAUUGUUUUCAGUAUAUUCUGAAAAUAUUUGAGAUACAAUCAAAAAAGUGAUCAAAGUCACCCCAGUUUACGGUACCAGUAAUAAGUACACAGUGGAUGUGGAGGAGAUCACUGAGCAUGUCUUCUUCGUUUGCCCUCGUUCGUCAUGAUGGUAGUGAGCGGGCGGAGAAUGUGCGAAGAUCCGGACAUCUGGAUUGCGCUUCGUGCACCUUUACCCUUACAACGUGUGUGUGGGUCAACCGCCAACAUUAAGAGUAAAGAAGGUGCCGAAGCACAAAAAGCUACUUCCCGACUUAAUACUUAACUGUAGUUCCGGGAAGAUAAGGUAUGUGGACUGGAAGGCAUUUUAGUGGGUUCGGUAGUUACGUUCAACCACACUUCCUGAGCUAUCUUCUCAGGUGUCUGUAAGCAAAUUUUCCCGCCACCUCAUAAAAAAGGUAUUACGGAUCCAUGACCAUCACUCGGCUCUACUUAGCUUGCAGCAGUGCUGUUGCUUAUACCAACAUGUUUUCCUUCAAGACUUCAGCCAUGAUUGGGUUCUAACAGUAAGUCAAUAAACACUGAAACACAUUACUUUCGAGACAUCGUAUUAAUCUAAAGUCAUGAAAGCAUGCAUUAGUUGAACUUUUGGAAAGGGGAUGAUUGGUUCUCGUAGAAAUAAAUCGGAAAUGGUUGUAAGUAUGUAUGCAUGGAACCAAUUUAUUAUUAGAUUUCACGUGUUUGCUUGCAUUGCUAAGUAUCCAUCAAAUUGAGAUUCAAAGACGAGAAUGCUGAAUAUAGCUUCGAAAUUUGCUAGUCCUGUUUUUAUCAGGGAAACCAGGAGAGAACAGUCAAUUUAAGGCGAGUAAAUCAAACUAGUUACGUAAUUUCACGCACAACACUUACUACUGUUUUUCUUCAGGAACAACUCAACAUAUUCGCUUCCUGGUGCGAGAUAAAUCGUAUGGUACUAAACCCGUCCAAAUGCUCCGUUAUAACAUUUACGAGGAAGCACAUGCCACUACAAAUUGUCUACAUCCUCAAUGGUUCUCCAGUACAGCGAGUCGAUUUCAUAAAGGAUUUCGGAGUACUUCUGGACGAAAAACUCACCUUCAAACAACAUAUAUCCUUAUUUUAUUUUUUUUUAUCGUUGCGAAGGCUUUUAGACAACUAGGACUCAUUUUCCGAAUGACACGUGAUUUCAAAAACAUCCACUGCUUAGUCACGCUCUACUGUUCGGUUGUUCGGUCUUCAUUGAAGUACUGUUCAACAGUCUGGGUACCUCAAUAUAAUAAUGCCAUCUACCGAAUCGAAAACAUCCAGCGCCGGUUUGUACGUUAUGCCCUUCGUAUGCUUCCCUGGCUACAGCCCAUGCGUAAUACAAGACAUGAGGACCGGUGUCAGCUGCUCCAGAUCGAUACUCUCCAACUACGUCGGGAAACCGCACGCGCUAUGCUCGUCACCGAUAUCUUGACGUCACGGGUCGACUGCCCUGCCAUUCUGCGUCAAAUCAAUCUACAUGCUCCAACUAGAACCCUGUGAAGGAUGUCUGUUCUGCACUUGCCCUUUCGCCGAACCAACUAUAGCUCAAACAGUGCCAUCACAGGUAUCCAACGUGCUUUCAACAAAGUGUCAUAUGUUUUCGACUUCCAUUUAUCAUAUAGAGUUAUACGUUAGAAAUUUUUGUCACUGUUCCGGAGAUAUUUGUAUCAGUAACCAUUACACACUUAGAUAUUAUCACCGAAUGCGGUAAAACAAAUUACCGAGAUUUCAACAGCUGAGAUCUCGGUAAAAAUCUCGGCAAUACAUCAAAACACCGAGAUUCUGUAAAAGCAAAAAUCAAAAACCUGUCAAACUUUAACGAGAUUCUCGGUAAUGUUUCGCCGAGCUACUCUGAAAUUUAAACUGUCAAAUUAUUACGAGAACUUCGAUAAAAUUCACUGAGGUACAUAUUUUGCGAUUUUUUUAGACAACCCAGAGUAUGAUCAAAACGAUUAAAUAUACAAAUUAAUUUAUUAUUUGCUAAGUCAACUGAUUCAACUAAAUACAGCAUUGUAAAAACUG